AUGGUAUCAGUACUCGUGAGGCACUUUGUCAUGUACUAUUUCGCGUCGACCUUACACUCGUUCGGGUCUUGGGAGAUCCGGAGAAAAGCCCACGAGCUUACGGACAUCAAGAAGGGAGACUUUGGCCUUCUCCAUGACACCCAGGGCCGCCGUGUCUAG